AUGGAAUCUUGUACUAUGUUGGACUCUUGUAAUUGUUCUCAAUGCAUUGAUUGGAAUGCUCCAUUGUGUCAACUCUGUUUCUCUAACAGAUGUGAAAUAAAAUCUUUCCCAGAUUAUGAAACAUAUUGUGCUUCUUGUAUUCCACGAAACCAUUGUCUUUAUCAUUGUAACGUCAAACGAGAUGACGACCAUGUCUUUGAGGUUCCACUUAACCCGAAGUUUCUGAAUGAAAUUGAAUGUGCACUUCAAGGCCGUGAAGUGAUUACUGAAUAUGAAAAUGAAGAUCUUAAAAAUGAGUUGUAUUUCUUUACCGGUGGA